UAUUACAAUUUUUAUUGUAUAGCAUACUAAUAACAUAACUAACAGUUAUAUAACUAGAAAAAUAUCUGAACCGAAAACUUCACCAUGAAAUUCUUCGUUAUUUUUGCCGUGUCGAUGACCGUGUUGGGUCUGCAGGAUGUCAGCGCCAGGAGCAUAUUUGACAGUCUUGGCCAAGAGUUUGGCAAUUUCGGUAACGCAAUUGGCAAGGAAGCUUCAGCCUUUGGCAAUGCCAUAGGCCAGGCCGCUUCUCAGUUCGGUAAUAAUGUGGGCCAAGCAGCAAACAAUCUCGGCAACGCAGUGAGCAGCAGUCAACUGGGCCAGGAAGCCUCCAAUUGGGGCAACUCUAUUGGCCAAGCGGCCUCAAAUUUCGGCAAUGAAGUGGGCCAAGACGCUGGCAACUUGGGUCACAUAAUUGCAACUAAUGCAUCUAAUAUGGCUCACAAUAUUGCCAAUGGUGCAUCCAAUUUUGGCAACAGCGUGGCAUCCGAUGCUUCCAGUCUGGCACAUGACAUCGCCAACAGCUUCAAUUCCGAUGAAAACUCAGCUUCCAAUGUGGCCAACAAUGUUGCCAACUCUGCAUCGAAUGUGGCCAGCAAUGUUGCUUCUGAUGCUUCCAAUGUGGCCAGCAAUGUUGCUUCUGAUGCUUCCAAUGUGGCCAGCAACAUUGCCAACUCUGCAUCCAAUGUUGGAAGUAAUGUUGCCUACUCUGCUUCCAAUGUUGGAAAUAAUAUUGCCAACGCUGCAUCCAAUGUGGCUAACAAUAUUGCCAACGCUGCAUCCAAUGUUGGCAACAAUGUGGAUUCCGACGCUUCCAACAUUGCCAAUAACAUUGCCAAUUCCGCUUCCAAUGUCAUCAACAAUGUGGAUUCUGAAGCUUCCAAUAUUGCCAAUAACAUUGCCAAUUCUGCUUCCAAUGUGGCCCACAACAUUGCCAAUGCAGCUUCAAAUGUUGCCAACAAUGUGGGUAACUUUUUGUAAGCGAACUGCCCAACUGUUUGUAAUCAGCAAUAUAACAUCAUUGUAAAUAAAGCUUUAAUUUCUGUCGACUAUAAAAA